GAAAAGUCCCCUAACAACGUGUUAAGUUGAUUUUCACGGCGAGUGUACUUCACUUGACUACUAAAACAUCGAGCGAGAGGGCUGUCUCAAAAGACUGGAGGUGGUUUGUCUGUAUUCUUUGUCGUCUUGAAGCUCCAAAAUGUUCAAGAAUACUUUUCAAAGUGGGUUCUUGUCUAUACUCUACAGUAUUGGCAGCAAACCUCUACAGAUUUGGGACAAAAAGGUCCGAAAUGGUCACAUCAAACGUAUCACAGAUAAUGAUAUCCAGUCUCUGGUGUUGGAAAUUGUUGGCACAAAUGUCAGUACUACAUACAUCACUUGCCCUGCUGACCCUCGGAAAACGUUGGGAAUUAAAUUGCCAUUCCUGGUUAUGAUCAUCAAAAACUUGAAAAAGUACUUCACGUUUGAAGUCAUGGUUUUAGAUGACAAGAAUGUGAGGAGACGAUUCCGUGCCAGCAAUUACCAGAGUACAACAAGAGUGAAGCCUUUCAUCUGCACAAUGCCUAUGAGACUGGACGAUGGAUGGAACCAGAUUCAGUUCAACUUGUCUGACUUCACAAGGAGAGCGUACGGCACCAAUUACAUUGAGACACUCCGAGUGCAGAUCCAUGCAAACUGCAGGAUUCGCCGAGUCUACUUCUCGGACAGAUUAUAUUCAGAGGAUGAAUUGCCAGCAGAAUUCAAGCUUUACCUACCCGUGCAAAAUAAGAAAUAAUGUAACCUUCAUGUAUUUGGUUUUUUUUUUUCUUUUCCCCCCGUCAUCAUUUGUAUAUACAUUCAGGUUCCAAUCAGAAUCGAACCAAUAGGAACAAUGUCUGAAACAAAUGAAAAUAAAAGCUAAAGGACAGUUUGAUGUUUUGGUAGUCCACUGACACAUGAUUAAGAACUCCUUGAGGAUCAUUAUUUUGCCCAGGACAUAAAAAUAGAACUAAAAGGGCAGCAUAAGACCCAGCGAUGGAGGGACAGCAAUUUCCGUACUUCCAUAUAUAUAAUAUACAGAUUCCUCAAUGAAAUACAUCUAAAUAUGUAACUGUUUUGUUCUGUACAUGUUUUUCUCAUUUUAAUCAAACCUCACAUACAUUCUGCUAUGAUUGUGUCUUGUUAUGAGUGAGUUGUUGAAUUAGUUGGUAGUGAAUGGUGUGUUGAAAGAGGAAGGAAUGUCUCAGUGGUUGUCGAUGAACUUGGCAUGCUUGUGCUUCUUUUGUGAGGUCUGUGUUCGGAAUUACUCAAUAUCAUUGCAGGUGUGAUGAUGUACCUCAUUCUUUAGAGGUUUUCAUUUGUUUUUUUUUCAGAGGAAGAUGUAUGAAUGAUAAGACCUUGUCAUUUCUCUCAAAGUAUAUGUUUCGCCUGAAUUUUAUUGGUAUGAAGCAAUGAGUGAAAUGUGGAAAAAGUGUACACAAGUUUGUUGAUUUUGUCGUUGUUGGAAUGUUUUUAUGGAUGCAACAUGAAUGUUUUUAAAAUGUUUAUUUCAAGACACUGAGAUUUCAGGCUCCAGGAACAAUCUUGUAUGUGACAACAGGGAGGGUUUAGAGUGGUAACCUUUUGACAUAGACGUGUUGUUGAAGGUUGUUUGGAAUAAACAAAUAACUUGAGGAAGGACAGCCUGUUGUCUAUUAAUGAAUCUGUACUCAUUAAAGCUGCAAAACUUACGCAUCACAAUGUAUUUAGAUUUGUAUUCAAGAAUACAUUGACAAGUGAACAAGCAUUUGUAGUCUAGAAGACAUUUACUCUCAAGGAGCCUUAAAUUUGUUCUAGUUUUUUUUGCAAUGAAUUGUUAUGAAAAUCUUUUCAUAAUAUUUUUAAAAGAUGGAAUAACAUUUUUGUGUAUAUUGAUAUCCAAGGAUAACGAAUUUGUGAAAGAUCUUUUUAUCAUGGACUUUUUACGACUAAAGGUGUUUGUCAUUUUCACCUGCAUUCAUGGGGGUUGUAUUACUUCAAUUAAAGUUCCUACAGGAUUCUUCUUGCAAUACUUGUCUCUUCUGUGCAGCUCUGAAUUUGCUUUCAGUGGCAUUGUGAAAAUGACUUUUGAAGUUACAGAAUGUGUAGUUAACGUGAACUUUUUUAAAAACAUGACAGUGGAUUCUUGAAUACCGAGAAUGAGAUAUUCAGUGUGUGCAUGUUCACAAAAAUGUACAGAACCAUGUAUUGUCAGCAGAUUAUGCAUGGGUCAUUGUGUAAAAGCAUCACCAAACCUGAUUGUACAUAUAAAAUUGUCCCUAGGUAAAAUUUAAUAAAUAUACUUUAUGCCAAUCCAA